AGAAAGUACAAAAAACUAUCUAGUAUGGCUCGCUUUCAAGCAAAAAUGACUAUGAUUGUCUGAUUGCUCCAGACACUUGAUCUUGUCUCAACAAUGGUUGCAUGAUCCAUUCACGUUAUUCAGUGUUACUUGCCGUGGAACUUUUCUCAUGUUGACACCAUUUGGGUCAAAUUGUGCAGAUCUUGCUUGCACUUGCCAAUAAGAGCCACUCAAAAUUGAACUCUAUUGGCCUAAAUGGUGUUGAUGGUUUCUUCUCAAUCAAUGGAGCGCUCCACCACAAAAUCGAGUUGGUACAAAGACAAAGCAGUCUGGAGGGUUGGACACGUAAAGGUCUUUGCAUUUGGUAUUUAAACGAACAAAUGCGAGUAAUAGCACAUCAGUCUAUUUGCAGUUGGCAGACAGUCAAGGCAUCCGACAUCAACAUUCAAUAUGAACAAGUUUGUGGCUUUUGCAGCUUUCGUUCUCGCAGUUGCCUGCGCCGAACCUGAGGCUACCCCUUAUGGUGGUUAUGGGGGCCGAGGAGGUUAUGGCAGCUACAGCCGUGGUUAUGGCGGAUAUGGCCAUGGCCAUGGCAAGCGAUCUGCCGAGGCUGAGCCUGGGUAUGGCGGUUAUGGUGGUUAUGGUGGUGGUUACGGCCAUGGCCAUAGCUAUGGUGGAUACGGUCAUGGAUAUGGCAAGCGAUCUGCUGAGACCACUGAGAUUGAGGUUGAGAAGCGAUCCGCUGAGGCCGAGGCUGAACCCGGAUAUGGCGGCUACAGCGGCCAUGGAGGUUAUGGCGGUUACGGCCGAAGCUAUGGUGGCCAUGGCCAUGGUUAUGGUAAACGAUCUGCUGAGGCUGAGGCUGAGCCUGGAUAUGGCGGUUAUGGUGGUUACGGUCAUGGCCGCAGCUAUGGUGGUUACAGACAUGGAUAUGGCAAGCGAUCUGCUGAGGCUGAGGCUGAGCCUGGAUAUGGCGGUUAUGGUGGUUAUGGUCAUGGCCGCAGCUAUGGUGGUUAUGGCCAUGGUUACGGUUAUGGCAAGUAAUUGUUGUCCUCUAAAUCUGAUUGACAAGCAAAUGUUAGACAACCCACUGGAGCCCAUUAUAUGUCCCACUGGAUCAUUGUUAAUGAUUUGGAAAUACAAACCAAACUUGUUGAAAACGUA